GUCAAUUACAUAAGUACUCAGAAAUGGGAUUGUGCACCCUUGUGUGGUACGGUACGUUCUGGACGCUGUUCCACGUUCUUGACCGCGUUUGAUGGCGAGUGUCUGUCAUUUUGCAUUGGCUGGUGGUGAUGGCUGUAUCGAAGGCCCCUUCCAUUUUGUUUGUAGUGCCACCUGAUUAGAAGUAAAACUGACAAGAGGUCCACAAUACAAGAGGCAAGAGGAGAUUCCUUCCUACGGUACUAGAUAAAAGCAACAGCAAGAAGAAGGCAUCCAAUCAAUUCAUCGACGAUGACACGUUUUUCGAGAAAAGACGGCAGCAACCCUGGGCUUCGCUACGUGUGGUUGAUCAUGACCGGUCUAUUCUGUGGUCUGACAACAUCCAUUGUCUACAAUCGUAUGUACCACUCCUAUGAAGUCUCACAAAGCUUGAUGGUGGUUUCCAUUGACACCAUGAACGUGGUGACUCCUCCACAAGAACAUCACCUGCAGCAUUUGCAAAAACUACAAACAGAACAACUGGAGAAGCAGAUAAAAAGUCAGAAACAGAGAGAAGUGAUAAAAGAGCAGGAUGUUUCAGUCGAAGUGGCGCCAGCACAAAAGCCGAAAAAGAAAAAGAAACACACAAAAAAGAAACAAGAGCGACAAGAGGUCGUCCUGAAAAACCUACAAUCGACUACUGCUCUGACUACACCAGCCAAAACUCAAUCUACUGCUACGAUAAAACCACAAGUGCAACAACGACAGCAACAUGGAGAAGAAGACCAACACAGUGAUGUUGUCACGACAGGUCCCAAACAAAUCCAGCCCGCCAAACUGUCGCCAGAGGAUCAAAAACUAAAGGCCGCAGUUGUGCGACAAUUGGAAGAAUCCGAAGUCUCCUCCAGCGACCACCCUCAUGCCCAUACAGUUUACUUUUUGAAUCAAACUCAAGUCACGCAAAAAGACUCCUUCAGUGCUAGUUGGAUAAUGGCCAAGAAAGAUUUCCUCGACAUGAAUCUGGAUCCUGUCAAAAUGUGUGAAGAUGCCGCCUUCAAAGCAUGGAAUACUCGCCGCCACAAAUUGCGCAUGCCAUUGGAUUAUUUUGAUUGGUCUGUGGAGCACUUGUCUAAAUGGUGGAAGGUACUGGAUUAUGAUUACAGGGAAGCACCUGUCUGGAAUUCGGUGAUUGGAAAAUUGGCCCAGUAUAUUGAGAAUGGUGCCACUGACUAUCCCACCACCUCGGAUCCACCAGUCUUUUCGGAAACCAUUGCCACGAUUGCCUUUCAACCAUACAAGGCACCUGGGAAUCCCAAACGAAAAAAGGACGAACAACACACCCGUGCCUACAAUUUGACCAUUGUGUCUCUAGCAGCGACCAUUGAAUCCUUGCGCCGUGCGGAAAUGGGCCGUGUUGUGGUGGUGGGAUCAGAAUCCAACCAUUACAAUUACACCAUGGAUGCUCUGCACUAUAUGCAACAACACUUGCACAUUCCACACUCUUCUCCUCAUAGUGCUGGACAUUUGGAAGUGGCCUAUGUGUCCUUUGACAAGGCAUCUGCCAAAACCAAAAUCAUGAAACGCAACAUGCCACGAGCUUGUUUGGUAGGUGCUCGCAAGGCAUUUUUGGCAGCAGAUGCAACCACCAAAACAGAGGAGGACACACAACACUUGAACGACUGGUUUGGAACGACAAGAGACCCAUCACAUUGGAAGUAUCUCUAUUUGACUGAACCUGAUUCCAUUUUGACCACUCGUGCCACGUCCUUGCCACAAAUCAAGGAAGAAAUGGAUCUCCGGGGUGGCAUUAUUGCUCCCAUGCGGUUACAACCCAUCCCACAUGAAUCGGAUGUUGGAGAAGGAUUCCAGUAUGGGGAUCGAUAUUUGCAUGAAAAUGAAGGCUUCCAAGUCAUGGAAUUGGACCACUAUGAACAACAUCAUGAUGUCUGUUGUGAUCAUUACCAAGGGCAGGAUAUACGGCCAGGGUUGAGUGAUUUUCUGGGAUGUGGACAUCGCAAGUGGUUCCUUUGUGGACUUGAUCAAAAGUAUCGAGAGGUCCAAGAUCCUCAUGAACGAUUACGGCCCUAUCAACUCUUUCGUCUCAAACGAGGGACAGGCAUCACCACCAUUGCAGGCAACCUCUUCGCACGGCGGUGCUUUCCAGGACAAGCGUCCGUAUGCAAGCCUCCACAUGUGCAUGCAUAGAUUGCUAGAGGACACGACCGGGGAGAAUGAGGAUAUGGAGCGAGGAUUCGAAUUGAAUGCCGACUUUUAAAGCUAGUUAGAACAAUGAUUUUUAGAUUUCGUC